AACACACUGUAGCAUCCCUGCAACGCGGCGAGCACGACACAUGGCCAGCGAUGCGCGAUGGGGCCGGAAGAGGGAAGCCCAAAUGGCGAUGAGCCGCCAAAGAAGCGACGGCGAGGGCCGCACGCUUGUGCGACGUGCAGACAACGCAAAGUGAAAUGUGAUGGCAAUCAACCUUGUCGCAAUUGCAAGAACUCCGACACCGACUGCCUGUAUGGCACCGAGCCCAUCACCAAGGGCAAGAGCGAUGCCAUUCUGGAGACGGUCCUCCGCCUGGAAGAUCGCCUGUCGUAUUUGACGGCCCAGUUGUCAGCGCAUCCAGGCCUCUCUCCUCUGCCCGUCGAGAGCGUGACAGCGACUUCACCGCAAACAGUGACCACGGACCGACAGCCUUCUUCCGUUACCGGCGCACGGCAGCUUGUUCAUGGCACUCGACAUCGCAGAAAUGAAAGCCUGGACAAUGCCGUUCUCUCUGCGCGCCACACGUCCACGACCGAGUCUGUGCUGGCCUGGCCCUUUUUCGAUGUCUUUCCUGGCUUACGGACGCACUAUCAGCAGAUCUUCACCAUCGAGCAGCAGCGACGCCGAUACCCUUCGAGGCCGGCUCAGCCGCCUCCUUCGCUGAAGCCAAAUGAAGUCAAUGCGGCUGUCCAGGCAUUUCAGGCGACGAUCAACUUCUCCUAUCCCACUGUGACCACCAGCCAACUCGCAGAUGUUGAGCAUCGUGUGCUUGAGAGACAAAUCGAUGACAGCAUUGAGACGAGCUUAGCCCUCAUAGUAAUGGCGCUGGGCUGCGCAAGUCAAGUCGUAGAUGGUCUGGCAAACACUGGCUCGACCUUCUCUGAGGACAGUCAAGUGCAGAGAAGUCAGGUAUUGGCACACACUUACUUCGAGCUCUACUUGCAAGGACUCAGUGGUGUCCAUCUGGAAGUAUCGACCACGGCCACGCAGUGCUUGUUCUUCACAGCACUGUUCUUCGCGUAUCUCCAGAGGCCAUUGCAGGCGCAUUCAUACGUUUGUAUGACUGCGACGAAGUGUCGAACAUUGCUUGCUUACACUUCAGCCGACACUGGAAUCGAUACGGAAUGUCUGCGGCGAGUCUUCUGGUCUUGUUUCAUUCUGGAGAGCGAUUAUAUUGCUGAGCUUGCAGCGCUGCCUCAGACUGGCGUAAGCGACAUGGAGUCAUCCGUACCGUAUCCAGCUUAUUACCAAACGUCCGAGGACGAAACCGAAAGAGAUCAGUCUUCGCUCUACUUUCUGGCUUGUGUCUCGAUGCGGAGGCUUCUGAACCGAGUGCACGACUUACUGUAUGCGCCAGACACUGGGGUAGCUUUCGACGAUGCUCGCUUUCCACAUGUUGUGACUGAGCUGGAUCAUCAACUGGAAGAGUGGCGGACCUGUUUACCACCUGUCUUCCAGUUCUCGAUCGACACCACUCCCGCCAGCUCCCAGCGAGGGGGCUUUUUGCGACAAAGAUAUUUGACUUGCAGAGCGGUCAUCUACCGGCCGUACCUGAAUCAAGUCCUGUCACGCACCUCUACUGGAGAAGCAUUGACAGCGCAAAUGCUCGACAAGAGCGAGAUCUGUUUGACAAUGUGUCUACUGCACAUCCUGAACCUUAAAGCCUUCUCACAGACUGUUCUGAUUGAUACCUGGAUCUGUUCGUUGUCCAUGGCUAGCACUAUGUUGCUGCUCCUCGCUGCUAGUCGCAUACCGGCCUUGAAACAACGACUAGAUUCACAGGCCCUAGAUGCUGGGAAGCAUCUCGCUCGGCUCAUCGAACCGUGGACACAUGUACACGGAGGCGCAGUCUCACCAAGUGUUCGGCAGAGUCUGCGCAUGAUCGGAGAAGUUGACGCCCUUCUUCAUGCGGAGUACGGCCGAAUCGAUCCAAAACUUGAUGCGCGCGUGCAAGGACUGGUCUGAGAAGUAUGGCCGCUGUUUUACCAUCGAUGACUAUGCAGUCGUCGACCGAGGUUCUUUGGUCUUGGUACACUUAUGUUGUCCAGGAUAGUCUGUCUUGCUUAAGUGCGUAAAGGAUUGUUAGUCCGCACCCCGCAUGCGAAACAACACAACCUUGACCGACACUCUUGUAAAACAAAGUGUCUGUGAAAUCUAUCAAGCUACCGGUUACCUCGAUAUGAUCUUCACGUAUUGCUAUCUGGCAAUCGCGAACAUGGAUGGUUGAACUGCGGCAGACCACCUAGUCUUCAGUCUGUACUCCCAGUUGGUCUGCAAGGGAGCGCAUAGUCUCAUCGACCGCGUGACCCAGACUGUCCGCUCUAAGCAAGGGAUGCAGGACCAAAGUCAUCGACGAGAAGACCAAGACAGGACGCGACACAACAGAUCACGACGCCCUCAGACUUCAAUGAAAGAAUGUGCAAAAUCGACGCAUAAUUCGAUCUACCUCGACAAACUGUUACAUGCUCACAAAUGCGACUGCUUCUGGAAAGCCUGCUGCUGCCCUAGCGUGUCCCGUACAACGUCCUGCACAGGCCUCCACUGGAUCUUCAAGUCGCGAUCAGCAGGCUCUGUAUCAACCUCGAACUUCGAUGACAAAGAUGGACCGUCAUCCAAUUUGACCUGCACCUGCGGAAACUCUUGCUUCACGAACUUGGCCACCUCGUUCCAUGCGACCGCAGGAGACGACAGGCCAUAUUCUGUCCCAUUCUUCAACUUCUCGUAA